UCAAAUUAAAUAUAAAAUAUGACUAUAAUUAAUUUUCGGAUGAAACAAUGUACAACAUCAUUUUUUUUUUAUUAAGAGCGAGCUUGCUCCUCUCUUCCGGUUGGCUUUGCGCGACAUGCCAGUAUUUACGAGAGAAGUGCACAUCCGAGUGCCUAUUCGCAGCUCAUUUUCCUCGAGAUCAGCCUUUGAAGUUCGCAAACUUACAUAAAAUCUUCGGGACUAGCAAUGUCAGCAAGAUGUUGUACAAUCCGCAAAUAUCGAGACCUCGUUGGUUUUUUAGUACAACAAAAAUACAAAAGUCAAACGAUCACACGAGAAGUAGAAAACACUAACGUAGUUUUCAUUUGAUAUGAAAAGUGUGUGUA